UAACCCUAACCUGUACUAAUCAUAUGGGAGCCUGGACUUCCAUUCCUAGGACUUCCAUUCCUGUUACACCGGCUUAUCUAGGGCUCGGGUUACGUACACGCGCACACGGGACUCCACCAGCUGGCAUACGACAUUGAUUCAAUGUUGAUUUAACGUUGUUCAAUAAAAAAUAUGUUGAAUCAACAUUGAAUCAAUGUCGUUUGCCUGUUGGGCACCUGUAACACGGUGCUAAACAGUGACUUGCAUUUUUUAAGUUACGCAAUCUUUAGGAACAAUCAAAAAUGGCAGACACGGGCAAAGACAUGCUCCUCUAUUGGGGCUCGGGCAGUUUUCCUUGCUGGCGUGUGAUGAUUGUACUGGAGGAGAAAGGACUGUCAGACUGCGAGAAGAAGCUUAUUUCAUUCUCAGAUAAGGGGCAUAAAUCUGACGAAAUCCUCAAGCUGAACCCUCGCGGACAGGUUCCGACAUUCAAGUGUGGGGACAUCAUCAUCAACGAGUCGUUUGCGGCAUGCUUGUACCUGGAGGACACCUACAAAUCCCAGGGACCUCCGCUGAUACCCAGUGAGCCGGCCAGGAAGGCCAAUGUUCUGCAGAGAAUGUUUGAGGAGCCAACAUUAACCAAAAAAGCAAGGGACGAUAUUCUGUUACUAUACAUGACAAAAAAGCCAGAAGAGUUAGACCAGGAAAAGAUGACGAAAAGUAAGGCAGCACUGAAGGAAGAACUGGCAUUGUGGGAGGGAUAUCUAGUGAAGGCAGGGGGAACUUAUCUUGAUGGAGGAGAAUUCACCAUGGCGGAUGCCAUUUUCUUCCCAAGUCUGGCAAUUUUAGUCCGAUGUGGUCUGAAGCUUGCCCCUACAUUCCCUAAGCUGGCUGCCUACUAUGAUGCUGUGAGCAAGCGUCCUUCUGUUGAGAAAUCCUGGCCACCCCAUUUUAGGGACACUGAAGGAAAACCUUACUUGGCUGAUCUGUAGAGUCCAGGAGAGGUAUUGAUGUAGGUUACGCCUUUGGAAUUCAGCUCAAUUUUUUCAUAUGUGCACAUUGCUUGCCAAUGUAUAAAAAAGCAUUUUUUAUUGGUACAGAUACUCUAGAACUAGUAUUUAUUGUUAAGUGGAAAAUGGAAAAAUGAUUGACUACAGUUGUAAACACAAUACAACUUUAAAACUAUUUGUGAAAUUGACAACAUUCUGUAUGUAGGCAUGAUUUAGCAUUAAACUAUUUGUGAGAUAAAAAAUCUAAUUCAAAUAUAUCAUUCACGAAUACAACUGUUUAGCACAAAUUGAUAAUGUAUCAAUGUAGUCACAGAUUAGCAAGUUUGUUAUUUGAGAUAUAAAAAUAUACUGUGACUAUGUGUGAUUAAACUUUUUAUUUGUUGCAGUGCUGACUCUUUCAUAAGCAACGGACUCUCUUGUGGUUUAAAAUAUCUUUAUUGGUAUAACUAAAAUUUUCACCCUGUAAUAGUGACAUAUAAUUAGAUAAAAUGACAUACAACAAAUAAUAAA